CGUGAUCCCCCGCGCAAGCGGGAAAAUUGACAACAACAAUGGCGCAAGCACGAGUAACAGAGUUUUACGCGACCAAGAAAAGAAACGGAGAUGCACAACCAUCAAAACGCCGAAAACUACAAAUUAUUUCAGAUGUGUCUGAGACGAUUCAAAAUGAAUCCGUCACCACAAGAGCAACGCGAUCGUCCGCCAGAAGGAAGGGAAUAUCUGCACCUGUAAGCGCCGAACCAGAGAAUGUUUUGUUUACACUUUCUUCGUCUGAUAAAAGCAGCAAAUCGGCAUCAACGAAGACUCCCAAACAAAGAUCCAGAAGAAUAAAACAAGUUAAAGGGCAACAAUCUAUUGUUGAUGCUUUGGGAUCGCGACCAACUUCCCCAAAUAAAAUUUCAAAUGGAGAGGAGGUAACUUCUGCAUGGGACGAGCACGAUGGUCCCCUGACGCCAUCAAAGAAAACUAAGCAGGACAAUGAGAACCCAACAGAGGGAAAGACAAAGGAUACCAAAAAGCGAACCAGGAACCAAAAUGUGAUGACGCCACUGAAAGAGGAGAAAGAAGAAACAAUCAAGGCGCCUAGAUCGAGAAAGAAGUUACAGUUACGUGCCAAUGUUAUAGCUUCAAGUGAAAGCGAAAACUCAGAAAACGAGGUAACAGAGCCACCAGCUAACAGCGAGAAGCAGAAGUUUAGAGAUGCACUGGAGCUUCCUACCACCCCCCUGGCCAUCUCCCCCCUGCCAGAAACUCCAGAGGUUGUCAGACAGCAAAUGAAGAAAGGUCCCAGUGUCCCUACUUCUGACAAAGUCCAUGCUGCAAUGGAUAAAUUAAAGGAGCUCGGUAAAGAGGGAAGAUCUUUGGAAAAAAUGUCCAAAGCCAAUGUCAAAGACAAACUGCAAAAGUGUGGUAAACUGGAAGAUCUUAAAGCACAGCUGUUGCAGUUGAAUGAGGCAAAGAAGCAAAUUAAGAAAAUCAAGGAGUCAAAGACAAGGCCUAAACCAGAAGCCGCUCAGGCAAAGCUGGAUGUACCAGCUCUUGAUAAAUUUGAGGCACUAGAGGUCCAAGUGAAGCAGUCCGAUAAAUCAGAACCUGUCAGCGAGCCAAAGGCUCCUGCAUAUGAGAGAUUCCACCACCUGGCAACCCCUGCCUCACCUUCCCUGUCACUGCCUUACAAGUACAGGCUAUUGGAAGACAUGUUUAAGAGCAUGGAUACUGCAGUCAGCAUGUUACAUAAUCGGUCGGAAAUCUGCACCUUCUCCAAACUCAAAUCAGCUGUUCAGGAAAUGACAAAAAGAAACUUUGAGCAAAAAAAUGUUGGGCAGAUAAAGACUGUGUAUCCUGAGGCAUACACCUUUAGACAGGAGAAAGGACUCCCAGCAUUUGGAGGGAAGUGUCAUGAUUAUCAGCUCACAGUGGAACCCAAUCUCAGUAAUGAGUCUGAGAAGAAGUUUUCGACAAAGUCUGGUAGACCUUCAUUUACAGCUAAAGACAUUCUGGAAAGGAAAACUACAUUUCACAACAAGCUGAUUUCUGUGGUCAAAAGCCAUCACAAGAAAUUCCUUUCUUCUCUAUCAAGACCCCUUUCUGUCCCUGAUGACAAAAUCACAAGGUGGCAUCCAAAGUUUUCUCUGGAUGAGGUGCCAGAUAUUCCAGUGGACAGCCUGCCCGAGCCACCUUACGUCAAGAAGUAUCAGUCAGCAAAAGAUGUGCUGCAGGAUAACAGAGCCAAGCUCCCUGACAGGGUGAAGAAGGCCCUUAAUUCGGUAGCCAAGGAGAAUACGGUUAAAGAAAGUCUGAGUCCAGUGGAGUCUGCAUCAACUAAACCUGCAGCACAGUUACAAGGGGUUCCCCAGUCGUUGCUAGAAAAAAUCCGAGCCAAAGAAGCAAAGAAACAGGAGAUGAGUAUGAUGCGUGAUCCCAGUGAAGACAAACGGACUUUGAUGAUUCGUCGGCUCCCAGAAAUGAUGCGCAUUUUGAGGACUCAUUUUGUAACAGAGAAAAAGCCUGCUCUCCCAAUGCAGAACAUAAUUCAAAAACUGGCUGACAGUUACAAAACAACAAUAAGAUUUGAUGAUGUAGAGACCCAUAUGAAGCUCUUGUUAGAUUUUGUUCCUGAAUGGCUAACAGUGGUUGAAAUCAAGAAAGGAAAAUAUGUGAAAAUGGACAGAAAUAUAGAACUUGGAUCACUGCAGGAGAAAGUUUUAAAUAUGGCUAAAUCAUGAUCCUUUGUACUUAAUGCAUAUCUUAUCAUGUAAAUAGAGUUUUUUGAGUGUGUGUUUUUAUGAUUCAACUUAGAUAUUCUUGUCAAUUAUUUAUCAUUUUAGUAUUUUGUACAAGCUAGUAUUAUACAUGUAUCUGGACAAUCAAUUUUUAUGUGCAUGAUUUUCUUCACUUUUAUGGAAAGUUUUAAAUGGAAAGUUUUAAAUUUACAUUAUUUUUAAUUGUGAUUCAAAAUAAUUUUCCCUAUCAUUUACUUUGAUAUUGUUCUGAAAUAGCUUAUGUACUAGAUUGGUAUUUUUAACAAUUGUAUUGCAGAAAUGAUGAGGAUGGUAAUAUUUUUUGUUUGUGUCUGUAGUCAAAUGAGCAACCAAAUUAUGAUAGAUUUAGUUGUGUUUAUCUUCUUUUUUGCAUCAUGUUGUAAUGGCUGAUAUUUUGUUGAUGAAACAGAUCAAGUUAGGAUUGAAUAAACAUUUCAUUGUUCAUGUU